AUGACAAUUUUACUUUUGGAUUUUAUUCGUGUCAUUUUACUGUUUCAAACUCAAAUUUUAUCAGAAAAUAGUGUUCAUAAUAUUGGUACUGAUCGUCUUGUUUUAUUUUGUCUUCUUUGUCUUUCUGUAUCUUAUAUUUUGUACGAUUCUCAGCACCAUUUAAUCGUCGUUCACGGUUGGCGUUUUCGUGGUUUCGCCGGCUUUCUCCGAUGUGAUGUCCAUGAUUGUAAUAAUCAUAUUCCCGGCUACUUCCAUGAUUAUGAUAGCCAUGCUCGUGACUAUCUUCAGAACUGUGAUGACUAUGAUGUCCGUGGUCAUGCCAAUGUUCAUCAUCUUGACUGUGAUAAUCAUGAUUGCGAUCAGACCAAUCGUUAUGAUUUGCAUGCAGAUGUGCACCAUGUACAUGAUCGUGAUCAUAAUGACCAUGAUCGUGAUUAUGAUGAUCAUGAUCGUGAUUGUGAUGAUCAUGAUCGUGACCAUAAUGAGCAUGAUCAUGAUGAUCGUGAUCGUGAUCGUGAUCAUGAUGAUAGGAGUCAUGAUUGUGGUUAUGGUGAUCAUGAUUAUGACCGUCACCGCCCAUAUUGUGGUUAUGGUUAUCGUGAUUGUGCCAUCCAUUAUGGAUAUGCCUUUGCUAAAAGGACUGUAAUACGUUAUUGA